AUGGUAGAAAGACCUUAUAAGUGUGGGGAAUGUAGGAAUUCCUUCACCCAAAAUUAUGCUCUCACUNAGAAAGACCUUAUAAGUGUGGGGAAUGUAGGAAUUCCUUCACCCAAAAUUAUGCUCUCACUUGAUACCAGAGAGUUCACACUGUAGUAAGCCCUUAUAAGUGUGAUGAAUGUGGUAAUUUAUUUAACAAGAAGUCCUAACUUAUUAAACAUUGGAGAUUUCACACUGGAGAAAGGCCUUAUAAGUGCAGUGAAUGUGCACAAUCCUUUAGACAGAGCUCCAUUCUCAUUCAACACAGGAGUGUUCCUACUAGAUAAAGGCCAGGUGAAUCAAUGA